GGCAUAAAGAAUCAGAGAUCAAAGGAAGAAGAAGAGGUUUUCACCAAGGGUUUCUGAGUCUUAUUUAGUCCCGAGCACAACGAGCGGGACGGGACAGGGAGGGCCGAACUCGGAGCAGACAGCAGAGAAGAACCGUGAGUGAAGACCAUGAAGAUCGUCCUCCUCUUGUCCUCCCUUCUUCCAGUCUGCCUGUCACAUGGAUACGACCCCUUCAGCUGGCUGUUUCGCCGCCACUGGCAGGAACAGCACUACGGCUCCCUUCAGGCAGACACUACCGGAGGGCCCUGUCCCGAGGAGUGUGACUGCCCCCCCUCCUACCCUGUUGCCAUGUACUGUGACGGGCGGGGUCUGACGGCCAUCCCCUUCAUCCCCUCCCGAAUCAAGUUUCUCUACCUCCAAAACAACGCCAUCACAUCUGUGCCCGAGUCGGCUUUUGCCAACGCAACCGAUCUGGUGUGGCUCCUGAUGCAUUACAACCAGCUGACCUCGGAAGGGAUUGAUGAGAAGGUUUUUUUGAGGCUGAAGGGACUGGAGCGUUUAUAUCUCCACCACAAUAAUUUAACCAGCAUACCUUCAAACCUUCCUCGCACCCUGAGAGACCUACGGAUAGAUCACAACGCAAUUGAAAAGAUUUCAGCUGCUGACCUUGAGGGAAUGGACAAUCUAACCAUCCUGUAUCUCCAUAACAACGCGGUCAGAGAUCUGGGCUCUUCCUUGACGUCUUUAAAAUCCCUUGCAUUGCUUGACAUCAGUGGCAACAAGCUUACAAAGGUCCCAGAUGUUCUCCCUGCAUCUCUGCACCAACUCUACCUGGAGUACAACUCCAUCGACUCGCUGCCUGAGGGCUUCCUGGGUGGGUUUUCUCACCUGCAGUAUAUCAGGAUGUCCCACAACCAGCUGUCAGACAAGGGCAUUCCCUCCAACACGUUUAAUGUGAGUGGGCUGGUGGAGCUGGACUUGAGUUACAACAAACUGGAGCGAAUCCCCUCUGUCAGCUCCACGCUACAGCAUCUGUAUUUGCAGGCCAAUCAGAUUAAAGAGUUCACCCUGGGUAGUUUCUGCAGCAUCGUAGACGUGGUGAAUUUCUCCAAACUGCAAACGCUUCGGCUGGACGGAAAUGAGAUCAGUCUUCAGGACAUUCCUGUGGAGACCGCCGUCUGUCUGCGCCAGGCGUUCAGCAUCCAGAUCUAACACACAAGUAUUGUUAUCAAAGUCAGCAGCAUUGAGAAGUGCCGCAGAGGGGUGGUCACUGCAGGUGAAAGUGGUUUGUUUUAUAGCAUUUGACAUGCAACAAAAACAUCCUUGUAAGACAUUUUUGGAAGUACAUGUAAAAACAAAUCUGUGUUCAGAAAACAGCAGAUAAGCUUAGUUAGCUGUGAGCCAAAAAGCAUUACUGUGACCCUGAUCCAACAAUUUCCCCUUAGGAUCAAAAACAACUGUAAUCAAUGUUUCCCUUAUAUUAAAACCCUUUUAUUUCUUUCUCUUAUCCUAAAAAAAAGGCUUUUUAUAACAUGAUGGAGAAAAUUAACUACUCAAACAGAAAACUAUAUUGUCCAAACGCUGCAUGGAAACUGCAGCUGGAUGCCUUAUUUUAUGAUUAUGAGAAAAAUGCUGUAAUUUCUUUCCUUUUUUUUAAUUAUCUUUUUUGUCAUUUAUUACCAAAAGGAAAAUGUUACAUUCAUGUGAGAAAAUCAUGAUUGUACUGAGAAACAAUUGUACUGAAAUGUUUAUGAUUUAUGAAUCAUAUUUUUGACUCAGAUUUUUACAUGAAUCUGUUGUGUGUUUAUGAUAAAAUCAAUAAAAGGUUGAAAAUUGAAAAAAAGAAGUG